AUUGCCAACUAACUAAAACUAAAAUAUCUAGAUUUUACCCUGCACCAUUAAUCAUAACAUCAACUAUUCUAAAAGAUUAUGGUUGUUUAUGUAUGAGUGCAUGAUAUGGUUUUAUAUUUACCGAAGUUUGUAGUGAAGUAAAGUCUAUUUUGUUUCUUUUACGUUUUGUAUACAUCGAGAUCUUUGUUCUCUAACAACAUUCUCCAAACUGUGUAUAUGUGAAAUAUUUCAGAUGGUUUUUUUCAACCUGAUGGACAAUGCUACGAUCUGGGAAUGAACUGAACAAACCGUCUUUUUCCAAAUUGAGGAACACAAAUCCAAUAGGUAGGAUUUCAAAAAGACAUUGUGCAAGAAGGAAAGAAAUCCUUCGUCUUGUGAACCAAGAAUAUAACUCCUAUAUAUCAGUAUCAAUAGCUGAGAAACUCAUAAGGGAAAUCAAUGAAAUUGCAAGUUACAAUGAACAGACACCGGAAUUCGUUGACGAAAUCAGAGAAAAAAUGUUUCUCCUCCAUGAAUACAAUACACAUGUUGCAAAGAUUGCAUAUACUUAUCCAACAUCCAAAGAAAUCUAUGAACUGCUUGGCAGAUAUGUUGCCUUGGAAAGUGAAGUACUCUAUAAAAACAACUGUGCUUUCAAAUUUGAAAAACAGGUGGAAAAUAGAGUGUUCGAUACCAUAGUGACGUUCCUCAAGGACUCAUUUUCUACCGAGGAGGACAGUUUACAUGAGGAGCGUAAACGUGUAUAUAAUGAAGCACUUAAGGUUUUCGUUUCAUAUGUUGAUGUGAAGUAUACUAAUGACGAGGAAAAAUUUCCUGCCAGAAUUGUAAAAAAUAUAUUAGAUGCCUUAGGAUUAAUCAAAAAAUCAACCGACAAUCCCAGUGGUAAUUUGGAUCUCAAUAACCCUUCGUUGAUAAGACUGAAAGAGUCAUUGAAGGAUAGUGAUUAUGGAUCCGACGAUGAUGGUCAGGAAACUGCUUCGUUAUCUUCGGAAUCAUCAUUUAGAACUAUGCUGUCUAAAAGAAAUCAUGAAAAAACAUCUAAGAAGGGAAUUUCUAACGAUGAUGACGUUACAUGCGAAAUCAGUCCCGGAGUUUCACCUACUGAUACUCUAGAAUCUCGCAUUUCAGUGCCGUGCUCUAUUAGUAAGAGCACUGUCGCGAAUGAAGUAAUAAUCUCUGAAAAUUUGAUCGGUGAAUCAUCUCAGAGUUCCUCAAUAGAUACCGCUGUGCGAAAUGAUAGGGGCCUUAAAUCGCUGUGCAAUUCUUCAAGGAGUGAACCUGUUCCGAAUUUCCCUUCUUCUAAUGAAGUGUUUUCCACAAUUUCACCGAAUGAAAUCCAGACUUUUUUCGAUUUCAACGUAGACGACGAUAUAGAGGUCAUUGAAUGGUCAUCGCGUAAAUCGAAAUCCCACGUAGAACCAGCGAACAGUAAUACUCAAACAAUCAAUAAAAACAAUAAUACCCUCUCUAAGAUUAACACAAAGAGUGUAGGGGGGAAUAUAGAGUACAGAAUAUAUGGCACAAUUUCUAUAACCGGUAGUGAUGAAGAGGAGGAAGAUUUUGUAUAUAAUCGUACUGAUUUCGAUGCAAUAAAAAGAAAUUUCAUGGAGCAAAAAAGAAGCCAUGCAAUAUUGAAUAAUCUUAAAAAGAGAACACUUGAGGAAGUUUCAAAGGUUUUCGAUGAACUUGAUAAAAGAAAGGCAAAUAAAAGUAAUUUGGCUUCUAUUAAAUUCGCUGAACCCUCGGUUUGUUCAGUAAAAGCUGUAACUUCUAAAGAAAACGAUAAAAAUAACAAGUGGAAUAUACAUAGAACUAAGGGUUAUGCUAACCGGAAUAAAAUAUGUCAGUCUGGUUCGUUCGAAAAAACUGAAAACAAAAUUGAGAGAGAUGAUGCUUCAAAAACAGCAAUAACUAUAGAAAUAAGUUCAUCAGAUGAAGACGAGCCAGUCAUGAAUUGCAAAAAUACUGAUGGUUCUCAAAGGUUUCCUCUUUCUAUUACAAAUUUUGAAACACCUCUGGCAAAGACAAUAGCACAUAAUUCAGAUGAAGGUGUUGAAAUAAUUGAGAAUAAUUUGGAGGUUGGAAAUAAUCAGCCAUCUAUGAUGAAGAGAAUUUUUUGUAGACCAUUGGAUGAACUCAAAACUGUUAGGAAUCCUAUUGUUCCAAAAGAGAGUGAAAAACAGGUAGAAAGUACAUCUAAGCGAAAUCUUCCGACAACUGGAUUCGUUGAUUUAUGUUCAGAAAAUGAAUUCGACGCCAACGAUAUUGUAAAUUUAACCACAGAUUCUGACGUCGAGAUAAUUUCUGGAUUGGAUGAGAAUAUUCAGGAAAGCUUCGAGGAUGAUAUUUCGACGAAACAAAAAUUACGAUAUAAUAAAUCAAUCUCAAGUGAUCAAGUAUCCUCUGAGAGGGACAUGCGUUAUGAUAGUUUCUAUCACUCGAGGGUACAAAUGUAUGGCAACUCGUCACUUAAUGAUGAAAUAACAAACCCUGUUGACAGAAGAAAUGAGGCACAGACUGAGAAAACAACAAAUGUGUGUAUAGGCGAACGAAGACUGUUAAAUCAUUCAGGUUCUGGAUUGGAGCAAUUCAAACCAAAUAUUUCAAUUCCACCACUGUCUGUAACUCUGUUGAAGCAAUGUUCCGUUGAGAAUCCAGCUUCUGAUCAUAAAAAUAAUGAACGAAGCGGAAAAGUUACGUUGGUAGAUGAACACAGUGUCUCAAUUCAAACUGAAAUGGACCAAUGUGCAAUCAAGAGUUCACCAUCUGAAAGGAGCGAAGGUGAAAAGUUUGAAUGUAUUCGUUUGGGAAAACCAUAUUUCUCAAGUCAAGCAGCUUCAUCAGAUAAGACCUCAAAGAUCUGUGGUACGGACAAUUCCACUUCAGAUAUUAGCACUGUAAGAAAGAUUAAUACAGAUGAUGAAAAUGACACGAAAAGUAACCGAUAUCGUGCAUCAGAUGAAGAUAUGGGUAAUGGAAAUGAGAUUUCCACUGAAAAUAGCCAAGUAGGACACAGUGAAACACUAUCAGUCUGUGAUGCUGUUGAAUGUUCAGAAAAGGAGUCUAUUGCCCAAUCAUCCAAUUCGCAAUAUACUUCCACCAAAACUAGAACGUUUGAUGGAGAGAACAAUAUGUUGAAUGCUGGUGAAAAUGUUCUAAUUUCCCAAACGACUGAAAAGACUUACAGCCAAUUUGAACAUUCUCCAUGCUUAUUAUCACCGAUUGUUGAUGAAAAAGAAGAAACUGGAGAAAACCAAAGGACACUUCCAUUAUCCCCUGUAUUUGUAGCAACACUAGAUAAAGAACAAAUGAAAGACCACCAAAAAAUUGAAAAUACUGAAGAUAAUAUCAUCAAUGACCAAUUAAAAUCCUCAGAUUCUACAGCUCAAAUUGAAGAACAGAUAAUUGAUGUUUCAGAAGAAAUUGAAACUAUGACCAGCACACCGUUAGCAUGUUCAGUCAGAACAAGUGGGCAACUAAAAAAGAUUAACGAAAAACUAGAUUCAGGAGAGAAAAUCGCUCAUGUUGAUGUUGACUUAAUCCAUUCUCUAUCACCUAGAAGCCAAAAUGACGAUACAACACUGGUCACGAAGCCUUCCGAUGAGGAAGUAAUCCUAGAAGAGGAAGAUCAAAUAUUCGAUGAACAAAAAAUUGGAGAAGAAUUGAAAAAAACUUCUGCUGUAUCAACAGUAAUCAAUGAUGGUUCACAAGAUACUUAUGACAGACGACUCGAUCAAGGCAUUACCACUUCAUGCAAUGAAAAUGGGGAAAGAGUAAUUGAAACUGCAGAAAACCAGGUAGGUCAUUCUAUAGAAAUUCAACAGACCACAGAGGAAGCGAGUUCAUCAUACCCUACUAAUAUAAUACUAGGAUGUGGUCAAAAUAUUAACCCCUCUAUCGAACCAACAGAACCCGAAGGGGUGGCAGAGGUUUCUGGUGAGGAAAACUCUGAACAAUUUCAAGCAAUAGAAAAUGAAGGGCAAGUUUUAUCAGAAACAAGCAAAGACCUAUUGUAUGGCAAAAAGGACAACCCCCUCAUGAAAUCAAUAGAGGAUGAGGUCCCAAUAGGUUCUAAAAGGGAAAAGGGAAAUAUUGAACAAUUUCCAUGUGAGAAGAGUACAAUAUCAAUAGAAAAUAAAGGGGAAUCAAAAAUUAAAGAAGUACUUGGAUAUGACCAAGAGAGUAUCAUGAAAUCGAUAGAAAAAGAGUUCAUAAUAGGUCGUGAAAGGGAGAAUGAAAAAACUGAACACUUGAAAUGUGACGAGAGUAAAAAAUCGAUAGAAAAUCAAAAAGAAAUACAAACUAACGUAGUACUUGUAUAUGACCAAACUAAUACCAUCAUGAAAUCGAUGGAACCGGGACGGAUUUCAGUACUUUCUGAAAUGGAGAAAGGAAGGAAUGAAAAAAUUCAUUUCGAGAAUAGUACAGAAACAGUACACAACCAAGUAGAAAUUCUAGAACCAGAGGAGGCUCCAGUAGUUACCGAAGAGGAGGAAGAGGGUAAACAAUUUCAGAGUGAGAGUAUCAUAGAAUCAAUUGAUGAUGAAGGAAAAGAUUCAUCAGAAGUGUCAAUCAAUGAAGUACUUGAAAAUGGCGAAUUGGAUAACACCAUUAUGGAAGUAUCGAGAUCGAGAAUUGGAGAUCUUCCAGAAGUUUCUCCAGAAGUUUCUGAAAAAGAGAAUGUUAAUGAAAUAAUCCGAAGUGAGAACGGUUCAGAAUCCAUAGAUAUUCAAAGGGAAGUUUCGUCAGAUAUGACAAUAAACAAAGUUCUUGGAUAUAGCCCUAAAUGUAACCUCACGAAGGAGUCUAUAGAAUCUCAAAAGGUUCCAGGAGUUUCUCAAGAGAAGACGGAAAUGAAUGAACUAGUUCAAAGCAACUGCAAAGAAUCAAUAGAUAAUCAAGAUAAAGUUUCACCAGAAAUACAAACGAACGAAGUACUUGGAGAAAAGAGUAACCCCACUAUGGAAUCCUCUGGAGCGGAAGCAGUUUCAUUAGUUCAAGCUGAGAUAGGGACAGAGCCAAUAGACAUUAACGUUUCAUCAGAAAUAACUCAUAACGAAAAACAUGCAUCGAUGGGACAUGAUAAUAAUCAAACCGGCCAAUUAUUGGAUGCAAACCAGUUCGACAAAGGCUUAUUGGAUUCAGUUAUCAAUGAGGAAAUGAUUAAUUCUUCUAUAAACGAUGUUGCAUCUAUCAAGUCUUUUACUACAAAGACGAAAGGUAAUGAUCAGACGACAGGUGAUCUGAUGAAUGAUGAAUUAAUUACAGAAGAUCCCAAAACUGAGAAUUUCCUCAAUAAUGAGUGUUUGAAUAAUGAGAGGAAAAUUGUCACGAAUAAUCUUUAUGCUGAAGAAACUGUUGAAUGUAGUGACAAAUUAAGUGAAGUACAAUAUCGCGAUAUUCCAAUUGAUGAUUCACAAGCUAUUCUCGACAGCGAACCUGGAAGACCGUCAAUUCAAAAAUCAGAAAAAGAUGUUUCAAAUUUGUUGAAAAAUGCAAUUCCACCAACUGAAACUAACAAAGUCGACUCAGAUGAGCAAAUGAGUCCUGAACAUUUUGGAGCUACCAAUAAGUGGUUAGAUGACGAACAAGGAAAGCCAAUCACAUGUGCAAUUGAGAAAUUUGCUGAGGAUGAUACAUCGCAGGAAAAAAUCACGUUUGAUGAUGAAUGUACAUCUUUCGUUAUCGAUGAAGAAAUAAAUGAAAAUAUCGAAAAUCUUCAGGAAGAAAUUAUUGUGUCACAUUCAGACACCGAAACGAAGACUGGUCCUGCAAAAUGUGACGCGAAGAUCCAAAACCCAGGUAAAUCGAUUGUUAUCGAUAAGAACUUUGAUAAAUGUGAAUUUAUCACUUUACAUUCCGCAAAGGAACUGGAAAUAUCAACUACUGUUUAUUCAGAUUCUUCACCUGUGCCUAUCGUGGUUGAAAAAGAUGAAUGUUCUUUGAGAACAUUUCCUCUGACAACAAUUGUAGACAAAUAUAGCGAAACAUCUGAUUCAACUCCGGUGGAAGGGAGUACUGCUGCAAUUACAAAUUCUUACCCGGAUAAUUCAGUCGAUAUGGAAAUUGAAGUUCCAUUUAAUGUGGUUCCUGACGAAUCGAAAGAAAUGGAACUUACUCCUAAAGCAAGAAAGAGUAGGUGUUCUGAUUCCCAUAACGUGGUCGGUAACCUUGGUAAAGUGAUGCUGUUGAUGUCUAACAACGAACCAAGGAGACCCAAGCGUAAUAUAUCAUUCACAUCUCCAAUUAAAGUAAACGACAAUUGUGUAAUACUUGAUACUAGUCCAACCACUUCAAGCAAAUCAAUAAUAGAUGUUGGAACCAGAGAUCCUCCAUAUAAUUCAUAUACAGAUUUAGAAUGUAAUUCUACAACUAAUGUCUCUACAUUCAGUGAGGAAACAUUGUCACAACUUCAGAAUACUUUAUAUUCUUCUAAUAAUUUCUAUUCAUCAUAUAUAUCCAAAGAUACAAGAGAUAAUGAAGUGUUCUUGAAUAUAAAAGAAUGUGUUUCUGAAAAACAACAACUCGACAUAGAUAUAUUAGCCAGUGUAGCUUCUAGUCAGAAACCUUUGAAGGUGAAUGUUCAUCAUACAGAUAAGAAGGUAGACCUAUCGAAAAGUUCCAGAAACAAACGAUCUCCAUCUAUCAAAUCCACAGAAAGCAAGUCGAACACACCUAUUAAAAAGUCACCUCCUGUUUCACCAUUGGACACUAAUACCCCCUCUAUAAUUUCCCCACCAAAAACGUCGCAAAUCAAAAGUAAAAGUAAGAGUUCUAAGUCUAACAUUAAAUCACCAAAGUCUGAAAAGAAGAGCAAUUCACCCACCACCCCAAUUACAGCUAGAAAAGCAAAAAUAUCUAAAAAUAAAAAGACUGAGUCUAAGUUACCGGAAACUGAAACUAAAGAAGAGAUUAAAAAGAGUAAAAAAGGUGGAAGAAGAACAAAGGAAGAAGGCGAAGAUAAGAAAAAUCUAAAAGGUUCAAAAUUGACGGAAAAAUCAAGAACAAAACAGAACAGUUUUGGAAAAGAAUUGAUUAUUGACAGUUCCGAAUCCGAUGAUAGUUUACCUUUGAAUGUGAGAAUGAAAAAGCCAACUGUAGAGAAUGCUACCCCAAAGAACAGUAGGAAAGAUGGCAAAACAAAAAAUUAUUCUAAAGUUUCUAAAAGUAAGGAGAAAUCGAAGAAAGGUGUGAAAAAAAGGAAUGAGGAGAAAAAGUUGAUUAUUGAUUGUACACAGGAGAAGGAAUUAGAUGCCAAGACGCAAAUUAUCUCUGAUAAACUUGACAAACACAAAGUUACCUCACCACCAGUCAAGGAGGAUCCAAGCAGAAGGAUUGUCCAUUUCAAAAAGGCUAUGUUGGAGUUGAUAUCACUGGAUGAAAAUAACGGUAAAAAUUUGCGAACUAACGAAUCAGGAGAGGUUCAGAAAUCAUUGAUUCCAUGUGAUGAUAAUGAAAAUGGUCAAAGCAGGACAUUCCAGGAUACUAAUAAUAUAGAAACUGCAGACAAACAUCCAUGUUCUUCAAUUCACGUAGACAACACAAUCAUUAUUGAGCCGAGUAUUUGGAACUCACCACCUGAAGUAGUCGUUGAAUAUAAAGAACUCACAGAAAAUAAUUCUCCUGCUCUGGAGAAACGGACUGAAGAUUUAUCAACAUCAAGGGUGUCAGAUACAUCAAACAUCACCCCUAUUGUGGAGCAUAUUCCGAGAUCAGAUAAUAAUUUGGUAGAUAUUCGGAAUAGCUUUAUAAGUAGCUAUGUUUUACCAUAUGUUAGUGAUGAGAGUAGACCUCAAGAAGCAAUUAAACCAGCUGUAUCAACAAUAACUAUCGACAAAAAUAUUAGAGAAAUUUCAGGAACUGCUUUCUCAAACUCGAACACUAUGGUUGAUGAUCCAAUGCAAACAAUUAUUUUAUCUGAUGAAGUAUCGAUUGAAAGUUUAUCGACAGAAUGUUCUGAAACAAAAAUGGUUAUAUUAGAUUCUAGCUCACUCGAAAAACAAUCCGAAAAUGAAAUUAGAGAAACCGGAAAAAACAUCGAGAGAUCUGAACAUCAUGCAGAAGAAAAUGAUAAAAUCGAAAAAAUCGAUGACCAGGAACAGAUUAACUACACCAAAAAUGAAUAUAGUGAAGUUAAAUAUCCCUCAUUGAAUUCCAAAGAACAAAAUGCAUCUGAAAAUACCAUUGAAAACCAAGAACACAAUAUAUUGGACAUAAAAAUAGAGAAAUGUUGCGAGAAAAAUGAUAUUGAAAAUGUGUACGAGAAGAAGAUUAAACAUGGUGCUGGGGCAUGCAGAUCAAGCGAUUUGAAAAUAUCACUCGAAAUACCUGACACUAUUCUAGAUCUCAAAAGUUCCGAAUUGAACAAAAGCGAAGAAAAUUUGCAUCGAUCUUCAAAAGCUAAAUUAAAAAUAAAAAAUGAAUUAUCCACACCAAGAACGAAAAACACAUCAAGAAGUAUGCCUGAACCUAAAAAUAAAGACUUGAAUGUCCAUAAAGAAUUUGAUAAUACCAUUUCGUUGGGUGAUGGAAAACAUGACGUUGUAGUAAGAAAUGAAAAAGAAGAAAUUCUGUCUGAUUGUGCAAAAAAUGAUACUAUGAUACCUUCCGAUGCUGAAAUACAUCAAAGUUAUCGUCCACCAUCUUCCGCUCAGGACCUUGAGCAAAAGCAGAAGAAUAUUCCUACAGAGAAGGAGUGCGAAGUUUCAUCUUGUAUAGUUAUGAAAAAGGAAAAUUACCGAAAGAAGAGUAAGAAAACGAGAAAUCUUUAUGAUACAAAAAAAGAUUCAUUGGUUGAAAAUAUCUCUGCAGAAAUAAAGGAAAAAAAGAAAGAAUCAUCAAAUGUGAAACAAAAUAUUGAUAAAUUCGGGAAAAAACAGGAGCAUAAAGUUUGUAGAAUGAAAGAACAAGAAAUUAAGCCCAAAGAGAUUUUGUCUGAACCUUUUAUAUUGUUGGAAAAACUAUCAACGAAAAAUGAAAAAAACAAAGAAAAAAUUGAAGGAAAAACAAGAGAUUCGAAAAGAAAGAGAUCAGAUAGUGAAGCAUCUGAGAGAAUCAGAGCAGGUUCAAAAUAUACUGGUUCAAAUACAGAGACGUAUAAAGAAAUCAAAAGUGGUUAUGAAAAACAUGAAGAUAAACUGGCAAAAACAGAAAUUAAAGAUGAAAAAUUAUUUGAUUCUAAAUCAAAGCAUGAAGGAAGAAGAACCCGUUCUAGAAGAAAUCGAGAAAAAUCUGUCAAAAGUAAGUUAAUCAACCAGUGCGUUGGGGAACCUAAGAAUGUAUUCUCUGCUACCAAAAACAUAUCUGAUCCCGAGAAUAAAACUCCAGAAGUUGAAUUGCUAAGAAAAAGUGCCAAUAGGGCAGCCGAUAAAAAGCAAGAAAACAAGGUAAUUGAACAAAAGCAAGAACAAAUUAAAUUACUCGAAGAAAAUAAGAUAUCAAUUAUAAGGAAUCAAUGUGAAGAAGAAUGUAAUUCGAAAGAUAUUUUUCGAACAAUUCCGAGUGAGGUUAGUUCGAAAAAUUCUAAAGCAAAUGAAGACACAAAUUCGAGUACAAUAAGGUUGUAUGACGUAGAUCCCAAAGAUGACAAUACAUGUGUUUCCAACAAAAAUGAAUGUUCUCCUAGUAUUGAUGAUGAAAAUAAUACUGAGAAACAAGCGGAAUUAUCCACUUUAAAAUCUGACGUAGCUGAUUUACAAGAGGAAGAAUCUGAAAACCUUGCUCAUCUAACAUCAAUAGAUUCUGCUGAUAAAGACGAUAGUAUUCGAAAUUUAUGUUUCAAAUUUGGGGAUGUCACACUUGAACCUAGAAAAAGUCUUGAUGUUGUAACACAUGGAAAGAAAUAUCAAGAAACUGAUGAAGUUAAAUCUCAGUUAACCUCAGAUACUUGCAUUGAAGAAAGUCAAGCUCAACCACUUGAGCUCGAAGAAAAUUGUGGCGAAGUACUUGAAUCGAUAAAAGAAACAAAACUCAAUGAAGAAGCUAUUGGAAAUGGAGUAGAAGAAGAUUUGUUUGCUAGCCAAAAUCCAAUUAUGGAAAUUGAAAUUUCUACGAAUGUAGAAAUAGAAUCAAUCCCUCACGAGCAAGCUUCAGAAGACUCGACCAUAAUUCAAGAUAUAGUUCCUGAAGGUGAUAAUAUAAUAAACACUGCAGAGAGCAAAACAGAGUCAAACAUGGAAACCACACUGGAUCAAGAGCCCAUAGAAUUUGUAGAUCAUACUGGAGCAGAUAGGUCGAACAGUUCGAAACCAAUCCUCGAAAUUGAAAAUUUUUCGCAUGCUGAUAAUCAAGAAACAAAACUCAAUGAACAAGUUACAAAGUUAGAAAGAAGUGCGGUUGUUAGUGAGGAUAAAGUUUCAGAACUUCAUAAUUCAACAGGAACUACAAAUGAUGAACAGGAAUCAACAAUGGAAACCAAACCGGAUCCACAUGCUUCAAAAUUCGUAGCAGAUGGAACGGAAAGGAAAAUGAGUGUUGAUCUAAAUCCAAUUCUUGAAAUAGAAACUUCCAUGAUAUCUGAGAAUGAAAAACCAUAUCCAAAGGCUGCAACAAAACCCGAUCGUCAGUCUUUGGAAUUUGUGGAAGUAACUGAAGAAUUUAUAAGUGUUAAUGCAGAUCUAGGUCUCGAAUCUGAAAAUUCGAAGAAUGAAACGUCAAGAAUGGAAAAAAAGCUGGACCAACAACCUUCAGAACUUGCAGGUGAAGGAAGAGGAGAGGUAUUGCUUGCUGAUGAAAAUCCAGUUGUUGAAAUUGAAAUUUCUACUACUGUUGAAAAUGAGGAGACUAAAAUGGAAACCAAAAACAAACAACAGUUGUUAGAAUCAGAGAAAGUCACAGAAGAAAACAUAGCGGUUAGUCCUAAUAGACUUUUUGAAAUUGAAAUAUCUUCGAAUUUUGAAAAUGAUGAAGCGUGUUCUAAAAACGAAGUUGAACGAAAUGAACAGUUUUUUGAUUCAGUUGAAGUCACUCAAGUAGAUUUGUCUGCGUGUCAUAAUCAAGAACCUGGAAUGGACAUGGAUGUAGCUAAACAGCCCCCCUCAACAUUAGUAGUAGAUGAAACUGAAGGUAGUCAAAAUCCAUCUUUUGAAGUUGAAAUUUCCACUAAUGCGGGAAAUCAAGCGAUAUGUUCCACCAAUAUAGAAGAGAUGAAAACUGAAGGAAAAUCAGCAGAAUUUGAAGAAGUCAAAGAAGAAUCAGCUAUUGAUCAAUAUCCAGUAAUCGAAAGGAACAAUGAAGUAGAUAGUUCAAAUGACAAAGAAGAAUCAACUAUCGAAUCAAAACUGGACUCACAAUCUCCAACAUUUGUAGAUGACAGUGAAAAGGAAAGUCAAACUCCUGUUCUUGAAAUUGAAAUUUCCACUACAACUGAAAAAGAAGAAACAUGUAACAAAAUGGAGACAAACCUCAUCGAACAGACUUUGAAAUUCGCAGAAGUUCCUGAAGAAAAUAUAAGUGUUGAUCGAACACUUAUCCAUCAUGAUAAUUCGACACAAUCAACAGUAAAAACAACACAACAGCCUUUGAAAUUUGUUGGAGAUGAAAUUGAAAGAACAGUGGUCGUCGGUCAAAACCCAGUUCUCGAAAUUGAAAUUUCUACAAAUACUGAAAUUGGACAAGCAUGCCCAGAAAUGGGAACGAAACUCUAUGAGAAGAAUAUAGAAUUUGAAAAAGUUAAAGAAGAAGAGAUGGCUCUUAGUCAAGGUAUGGUUCUCGAACACCGUAAUUUAAUUCCAUCCGCAAAUGACCCUUCAUUAUCUGUAAUAGAAACGGAACUGGAUCAACCAUCUUCAGAACUUGUAGAUACCACUGAAGAAGAUGUGGUUGUUAGUCAAAGUCCCGCUAUCGAACUUGAAAUUUCUUCAGAUACUGAAAAUGCAAUAACGGUAUUGAAAAAAGAUGAUCACACUACGGAAUGUGUAAAGGAUGAUAAUGAUGAAGAUAUAAAUCGGCGUCAAAACUUAACUGUCGAUGGUUCAAUUUGUUCGACUUAUGAAAAAAGCGAACAGCAGUCAUCAGAAAUUUCGAAAGAUGAAAUUGAAGGAGAUAUCCUUGUAAGUCAAAAUCCAGUUCUUGAAAUUGAAGUUUCUACGAAUGCUGGUGCAAUUUGUUCGACUAAUGAAAAAACCCAAAAAUUGCCUUCAGAAAUUUCGAAAGAUGAAAUUGAAGGAGAUAUUCUUGCUAGUCAAAAUCUAGCUAUUGAAAUUGAAGUUUCUACGAAUGCUGAAUAUGAGGAAAUACCUUCAAGAACGGAAACCCUCAUUCACCAAUCCCAACAAUAUGAAGAUAUCACUGAAGAAAAUAUGGCUAGUCAAGAUAAGGCUUUGGAUUCGAAGACAAAAUUAAUGGAUCCUUCAGAUAAUUUGGAUCUCAUUGAAGAAGAAACAGCAUGUAGAAACAUAGCUGAUAUAGCUCCUCAAGCAGAUGAAGAUGGAUUUCAAGAACCAGUUAUCGGGCACAUUGUUGAAAUUGAGUUCAUUGGAGAAAAAUCGAAUUCUGAGAAUGAAAGCAUGACGAAACAAAUGGAAGAUAGUUCUUCAAAUAGUGGCGAACGAUUAAUUCUCCAUACCUCAAUAGAUCCGCCAACGCUUCCAAAUAUGAAUCCACAAGAACCGCAAAUGUCCGAAGUGCAAAUAGAUGCCAGAGCAAAUGAAGUCAGCGAAUCGCCAAAAAAUAAAAGAAAACGACAAGAAGAAAUAGAUGAAUUUACUGUUACCAAAAAAUGUCAUCUUGGAAACGAGAUCACCAAACCUUCACUAUCAAAAGUAGAAAGAGAUGAAGAAAAAAUUUGUGUAUCUGAAGAAUUUUGUCAUGAAAAGCAAAAACAUUCGAUUCUUCAUGCAUCCCCCCAGGCUAAUGGAGUCCAAAAUUCAAACCGAGCCAAAGAGGAGAGAGAACAAGACAGUCAUGAGAAUAAUAAUCGAUCUGAAGAAGUGAGGGAUUAUGAAAACGGAGGAAAUAAUCCUCUGAAACAUCAUAUCAAAAGUAUUGUUGCAACGAAUGAUUCUGAGGUUCCAGUAACCAAACAAAUAUCAAUCGUCAAAACGAAAAGUAUCGAACAAGGCACUGUCAAUAUGUUUGAUUACACAGAAAAGGAGAUUAUUAUUGGAACUUCAGGUAUCUUUGAAAACGGGGAAAUCCAAUUCUUUGAUGUGAAGAAAAAUUGUUCUACGGAUUUGAAUCGAACAAAGUCUCAUACUUCCGAGAGUAAUUCAUCUUCUCUAGAUGCAUUAGAAGGAUCCGAUCACGGUCUGAAUCUUAAAAUUCCUGAAAACUUGGAAGGCACCGCUGAAAAUAAUAUAGAAGAAACAAUAACUGGACAAAUCGUACAACAUCCGACAACAAUCGUUAAAUCAGUCCAGUCAACAUCUGCAAUGACGAAAUUACCUAAAAACGAGUUGAGUUUUUCCAUAGAAAGAAUGUUGAAACCUUCCCCAAAAAAUCAACCAACAUCAGCACAUUCUGCGGCAGCUGUCGAAAUGUCUGAAGCUGUUGUUUCUACUGACACUGGAAGAGAACAAACAAGCAGCAUUUUUGCGAAUGACAACAAAAAACCGGACACUUUCAAACAUCCAGGAAUAAUGAAUAACGAUAAGUCAGACUCGAAACAGAAUAAAAUAAGUUCAGUCGAAAAUCAACGAAAGAAAAAAAAUAAAAAGAAGGAAAAGUUUAACCCGGCGUUGAAAGUUGAGGAGAAUCGCAAAGUUAUUGUUGAAAGGGUUUAUUCGAUGAAUGAACUAGCUGGCGGUACGAAAAUCAGUCCAUGUCUGAACCUGUGCAGUGCUCCCAUUUUACCAAUUAGUAAGGAAUUCAUCCCUUAUAGAUACGGAAUAUACAGUAGAGUAAAUCCUACAACAGAUAUGGGUCAUUCCUAUUCAAACCCAGUUGAAAACGAAGGUGUGCCUAACGUAACGAGUUACCGUCCUUCAGAUGGAGCUAUUUCGCAAAGUAAAUAUACACCUGAUUCACCAGCAAAACACCAAGGGACUAAUAAUGAUUUGUCGCAUUCCGAAGAAUCGAUCAAAUAUUCUGGGGACAUUCACAAACUGGAACCUAAAACCUUGCAAUCUGAAAAUGACAUCGAAAUCGUUCAAGUAGAAGGUUCAAAUAGGGACUUUGAGAUGAAACCUCAUGAAAUAAAAAAUGCUCAGAUGAGAAAUCACGAAAAUACUGAAAGGUUUAUCAUUGAAGAUAACGUUGAUGAAUCUAUCAGGCUAAAGGUGAAAGAUUCAAAUGUUUGUGUGCAAGCCGAUGUUGACCAACCGUUUGAUUCUACGCCUACCUACCGUAGUGAAGUGCAACAAGUUGACAACAGUAUGCAGAAAUCUGAUAACGAACAAAAGUUACAGACAUCUGGAGAUGCUGCUGGUGGUAGUAAACGUUCAUUUGAUUAUGUAAUGAAUAUCGAACCUCGUGUUAGAACAAUAGACACUAGAAAAAGUAUCGAGUCUAUUGUGAGUUGUUUGAAAUCCAAGGAAAGCGACAAAAAGGCAGAAUUUCAUUCUAACGAUCAAACUAAGCCACCGAGUGACAAGCUUGAAAUACUUAAUGCUGGGAAAGAAACGGAAAUAAGAGCAUCUUCAAUUAGCGAACAUGAGGUACAUCAAAGCGCAUCGUCCUGUUUGAAUCAGUCGGAUGAAAUCAACAAUAUUGCUCCGCCAAAAAUACUUGACUCAAAUAUAGAACGUCCCGAUAGCGCAUUACAAAAUAUGAACCAGAAACCAGAUAUUCAGGGACAAUCGAACGAAAUGAAGCCAACUUCAAUUCCUUCUUACGAUGUGGAAGGGGCUGAUGAUAUAGUUACAGAUGAAUUGGAAGCUACAAGGGGUAAAUCUACUUGUGAUUCAACUCCGCAAUCACAUAAAAUAGAAACAUCGAAAGUAGGUUAUCCUCAAAGUGAAGUUUCUCCACUGUUUAACACUAACCUAGAACAACAGGAUAUUUCUGACAGUUUUGUUAACCAAGUCAUAGCCCAUACUGCUUCCGAAGGAAUUGAUAGCCUUCUGACCAGCUUUCAAUCAGCUAUAAGCGAAAGUAUUGCUGAAAAUAUUUCCACCCUCCAAGGUAGUUUCUCGUUAUUCUCGAACAGUUCAGACGAUAAUAUACCAUUUACUCCACCAAAUCAUGUCCAUAAUGAGGGAAUUCUCCAAGUGAAUUUUCAAGAUAAAGCAGUGUUGCCUUUGAGCCAACCAGAGGUGUUCAUUAAUAACAGACUGAACAUACCGCAGAGUACACCGCUGAGACCUCAAGGGACGUCGCAAACGGAUCACUCGAUAUUCAACAUAUCUGAUGAUAUUUUUGAUUUCGAUUUCAACACGGUCAAUCAAGCAACAGUAGAUGGUUCGUAUUCGAAUUCGUAUGUAAAUACAACAAUGACCAAUGAAAAUCUACAAAUGUUUUUGGAUAAUCCUUCCGAGUUUUUGCACCUUUUGUGCAAUUUCAACGAUGUGGGCUGUGAGGUCACCGUUGAUAACACAAAUGAGGAGAUCAUUUCUAACCCUUCCAUCGCUCCCGGACUUAUCCCGGGACAAUUGAUUGACUCCAUUCCGCCCUAUAUCGCUGAAGAAGAGUUUGAUUCCAAUGCUCCAACCGAUCCGAUGGUCGGAGGUCAAAAAGAACUUCUCCCUGACCCUAAACAAGAUCCGAAUUUGGACGAAGCUCCUUUUCCAGAAAGUGCACUAUCAUUUGAUGAAGACAUGAUGCAUCGUUACGCUUUAUUUUUGCAUUGCGACGUAAAUUCGACAACACAAUCAACCGAUGUAGACGGGUUGAGUAAAGAAAAGGUUUCCAGAGAACCAGAUAACACUCCAGUACGUCAUGAGACAUCAGAGAAACAACAGACUGAAAAUGAACUUGCGAGAAACGAAGAAGAUUCUGGAGCUGCAAGGAGUAAAAAACAAAAUAUUGCUUCAGUUCCACAACAGGAUACGAAAGUUGAUGUUAAGGAUGAUUUUUCGAGUUGCAGUACUUCAAAAAUAACAGAACAGCCCCAACACUCAGGUUCUCAUAAACGAGACAUGAACAAACAACCACAAAGUAAAAGCCCAAAGACUUCAUCUCCAAAUAACUCGACGGAUUCACAAAAAUCAACGAAAAAGGCCAAUGGGAAAAACCCCGGUAAAGUUCAAAAAAUCCCAGCAAGUAAAUAUGCGCCUCCAAAAAAAACGAAAAAUGAUGAAACUCACCAAAGUAAAAAACCACAAGAGAAAGCUGAAGUCAAGCAAUCUAAAUAUUCCGCUAGUAAUGAGAAGGUUGGGAACUUAACUUUCGAUAUCGAAUUCAAUAAUUCGCUCGACAUGCCCCAACUGCUCAGUCCAACUGGAAACACAUCGUGGAAGAGCAAGUCGCUACCGACGUAUCACAACAAUAAAAACGAAUCAAAGACAGUUGAAUCGGAAAGGCGGGAGGCUAUCGCCCAAACUACACCGGAAAAAACAUCGGAAGAUGAUCCGAAUCAACUGAUGCAAUUCAAUAUGUAUGACAGGACCAAAGCGAUGAAAAGAAAUGCAGCUAGGGAUCAAAAUUAUUGCAAGUUUUACGACGAAGGGGAUAAUUCUUCGAGCAAAAAUAAAAAACGAAAAGUGGCUGUCAAAACUGAGCAGACCGUCGACAAACCAAAUGUUCCUUCAUAUUCUCCAAGGGUCCCAGAACAUUUGGAAUGUAAAGAUUUCGAAAAUAAAUCGAAGUUACCGAAUGUUGAAGACUCCUUACCCGUAGUCACUAAGGAGAGUGUGGUCAAGAAACUCGAUUCUGGUGAAAUACCCCAAAAAUCUAAGAAUCCAAUUGUUAGGGAUUUAGAUUACGAAUUCGAUCGAUUAAAAAAUAGUGGUCCAUACAAGUCCAGCUCUUCGAAGAAUGUAGGGUACACCAGAACAGAUCGAAUUCUCAGAAGUGCACAAGAGGGUGAUAACUCCCACUACCAAAUGUCACCAACAAGUUCUCAAUAUAAUUAUAAUCGGGGCAAAAGGGAAGAUUACAGAAGGUACCCAGACAGUAACAGGAAAGUGGAGGAUUACAGAAGAAAACCUAACAAAGUUCAAGACAGGUCCCGUUCCCCACAUCAUCGAUCAAGUGCAUAUGCUUCAACCUCAAGCGAUUAUAGAAGGGAGUCAUCAAGGCGACCAACCCAACAAGAAAUGAAAAGAAAUGAUAGUUCUCACGGUAGAAAUCCUCAAACGUGCUCCGAAGAAAGGCGAAGGACAUUAGAAACCCAUCAUCCUAGAGACACUUAUAAGAAAGUGAACCGUUGGCCCAAGAGGGAUUGUCCUGACUAUCAACCUCCUGGGCCCCUUUUCAAUCGACCAUAUUCAAACCAAUCGCAACAAAAAAAUGAUUCUAAAAGAGGAGACAAAUAUUUGGAAGUAUUGGACAAAUUAUAUCCUCUCCAAACAAAUGUUUUUCCGGAUGCAGGUCGUUAACCAAACUGAAAAGAGAUUUUCUUCCUGCUGACUGUAUAUACUAGAAAUAGAUACUAUAUAAAUAUAUAUUAUAUAAAUAUUUUUUGUGUAUUAUAUUUCAAAUAAUAAUUUUAACAAUUUUAUAUAUGUUGUUCGCGAUAUACUUUAUAAUUUAUGAUUUUAUUUGUACAUUUACCUAUACUGUAAUAUAUUAUUUAUGGAAUGCUGAUGUUAUUUUCUUAAUAAAGAUAUUAAUUAUAUUUU